CUUCGGUUUUCACUGUCACAAGAAUCUACGGUUUUCGUUUUUCAAAUCGGGAGCCUAGAUUCAGGAACCUAAUGUUAUUGGCGGGACGUCGACUAACCGCACUACCACAACUACGCGAGGCUUUUCGAAAGGGUUUUGUGCUCGGCAUGGCUAGCUACAAGAUCAGCGAGGUGGACGGGGAUCUUUUCUCGGCACCCAAGACCCAUUCGUUGGCACAUUGCGUGGGCGCUGAUCUCGCCAUGGGAGCAGGAAUCGCUGUGCAGUUCAAGAAGAUCUAUGGCAAGGUGGAUGAGCUAAGGGCCCAGAAUGCGGCCAGUGGAGAAGUGGCGGUACUCAAGGAUGAAGACCGGUACAUCUACUAUCUGGUGACCAAGCCUCAGAGCUGGGGCAAGCCCACCUACGAAUCUCUACAGGCAUCUUUGGAGCAGAUGCGCGACCAUAUGCGCGAAAAUGAGGUGGAUAAGCUGGCCAUUCCAAAGAUCGGCUGCGGCAUCGAUGGCCUGGAGUGGGACAGGGUCAGCAAAUUGCUGGAGUACGUCUUUGGCCAGGAGGACCUGGAGAUUGUGGUGUACAACUUUGUGCCGCCACAGGGGCAAUAACUCAUUGAAUAGGUUCAUUUGUGUCAUCUUACUUUCGAACUUCUGCAUAAUUAAAUACUACUAGUUCCACUGCA